UCAGUACUCUGUAAUCUCUCUAAAGUAAUCCACUGGUUGGACUGACAAUAGUAAAUCCAAGUCAAAUCUACACCCAUUUCUUUCUCCACUUCCUCUUUUUAGACUGUCUUCCUUUUUUUUUUUAUUAUCAUCAUUAUUUUUUUUAAAACGCCUACAAGUUAUGUUACCAUGUGCAUAAUGACGAAUGACUUCCGAUGGUGUGAACUUCCUCAAACAUCUCAUGCUGAUCUUCUGCACCAGUGGCCUCAGAGGACCUGCUCUCUCUUUUCAUCGUAAAACAACUUUUAUAUCCUUGAAAGGAUGGAGGAGAAUGGAGGAAAACCGCGUCAGCAGCAUUAUGGGCUGGUUUCGUCAGCGUUUUGGAAAACAAACGAAUGAGCUGGGCCAAAGCAAACCAUGUACAUGUUCUCAGAAGUGUUCAUCUGGAAACUCUAACUGCACAUCCAGCUGCUCCGUGCGCUCCUCUCCCUCUCCCUCUCUCUCUCCCUCAAAAUCUUCCUCAUCAGCGAAGCCGUCAGCCUCAGAACAGCCUCUGCCCUCUGUGCUCUUCUCAUCCUUCCGCUCAGCUCGCAGAUAUGACGUGUGUCUGUGUCACAGUGAGAAGGACAUUGAUCUAGCACAGAGUUUGGCCUCUUUCCUUGAAGAGCCCUCUAAAGGUCUACGCUGUUAUCUGCAGGAACGGGACUGUCCACUAGGAGGCGCCGUGUCCACUGAGCUCCUGCAGGCCGUGCGCGACAGUCACUGCUGGGUGCUGCUCGUCACUCCAGACUUUCUGAAGGAUGAAUGGUGCUUAUACCAGAUGCACCAGGCCCUGUCUGAAGGGCCCAUGUCACAGAGGAUCAUCCCUGCUGUAAUAAACAUGCCCAGAUCGGAGCUCCCGCUGGAACUGCGCUUUGUCUUUACUGUGGAUUUGAAUACGAACAAAGAGUUUGGCUACACUCAAGUGUUCAACACGGUGCUUCAUUAUCUGAAGGACAUGUGUGAGAAGGAAAAGCCCAGCAAUGCGUCUCAGUCAGACAGCUGAGAAGAGACUCAAUCAACAUUCAUUGUAUUGACCACAAUGGCAACAUAUUUCACUUCCAAGAAGUGGCAUCCAAACAAGCCAAGUUGUACCGUAUCUCCUCCUCUUGUUUUCCAUAGCAUGGGCGUUACCCAAGAAGAAUUUAUGGAGACAUUUAUAUUGUGUUAAAAAUAUCUUGUGAAAUGAGCCCUAGAUGGCAAUAUAAAGUCACAAUACAUGCGCUCAAGCAUGAUGAGACAUAUGUUUUCCCUUUCUGAUUUUAGGUCAAAGUCAGAUUAGAGAAAGUGCUUAUGUAAUAUACCCUACAAAAAAUUAUAUUAAAAUGAUUCUCUCAUUCAAAUACACCCACCCACGCAUACAUACAUGUGCACAGAAGGAAAUUCAAACAGCUCCAGAAAUAACUUACAUGAAUUGCAUUAACUGUAAUACUCAUCAGUAUUAAGAAUGUUUUAUAUGCAGAUAUUAUCUUAACCACAGAGAGCAAAAUGAUUGCAUUUGUUUUUUGCUUGUCAUCUGUGGUUGAAUUUGUGCCUUGAGUAAGAUGUUUCACAGGCAUUUCAAUGGUUUCAGAAUGGUUUUAAGCCUCAUUUGGACAUGCCAUGUAAACCAACAGGACACCUCAAAGAACUGCAAAUCUAUGAUUAAAUGUUCUUGGCAAAUAGCAUGUCACAUGCCGUAAUCCCCACUGGCAAAUAUGGCUUCAAGCGUUCAACACAGUUUCAACAAAGCUCACAUUACAUUGGUUGAAAAAUCCCCUAUAUUAUUAUACACUUUAUUUUCUAUCCAAUUUGGAUCAUUGUAAAAUACUAUACACUUCCCUUUGUCAUGCAGUAGCUGCCCUGCAGGUUCACAGCUGAACUCAGAGAAGCAGAAGUGCAAGCAUGCAAAGUUAAUUGCAAAACCUUGCAGUAGAGGAUCUACUACUUACUUGGAAAGAGCUGGUGUGUUGGGGAUUAAAUAAGAUUAUGUUGCAUUUACAAUUGUGCCCACUCUGAUACAAUGCUCUUUUUUUGUGUAUGCACAUAUAACUAUCCCUUUAAGACCUUUGCUGGCAUCCAUGAUAGUCGGUGUGUGUGUGUGUGUGUGUGUGUGAGAGAGAGACAGAUCAAUUCCUGGACUUUUAUCUUUGGGCCUUUUAGCAAGGCCCCCUGGAGACUGUAAUAAGAAAAUUAUAAGUUGAUUAACAAUUUCUGCAACCCAACCACAUGACAUCCUGUUGAAGUGAAACCAAGAUGACUGAUUAUUAUAGUCAUGUCCAACAAUAGCAUGGAAGAAAUGACUCUAACUCUGGAUAAUAUGGAGUUGUUUUUCCCAGCUAUUGACGUAAAGGCUUGCGCAAUAAUGUUGCCAAACCACUGUGGAUAGCAUCUCCCUUUUCCCCCCUUGUUUUCUUUUACAUAUCAAUGAAAUGAUUAACUAAAUAAAUCGAUAUCAUUCAAA